AUGAUGCCCAGACCUUGGUAUAAGCCUGGUUGGCUUCUAAGACUACCCUUUAGAGGCGCCUGUGCGAAACUUACAUACGAACCACAAAAUUCUACCCUGGAUUUAGAAGUGGUCAUGAACAAUGCAAGUGUCUUCAAAAAUACUUAUUCCAGUAGGAACCUACCACCAUUCUGUAUUCCGGUCCCAGUGCCCUACCUACCACCUGGGUUGGUAGACAUGUGUGUUAGGCUGUUUGAUGUUACAUUCGUUGAUCAAAAAUUACACGUCUGUAUGGAUAUGGACACAAGGAUAGACAAAGCUCCAGUAGUGAUACUCCAUUUUGAUUGUAUGGACAUGGGUUCAGGAGGAGUGGGUUUAUCAAAACCAGGAGGAACAAACAUUAUAUCAAACGACUUUAUAACGACAACGGAAGAACCAAUGCAAUUAGACAGUGAUGUUUACGACGCAGUUACUGAACCUGUUGCAACAACGACAGAAAUAUUUCAAAAUAGCAUAAAAUACAUUUAA